AUGGGCCACAAGCUAGGCCAAGGAAGCUUUGCGUCUGUAUACUCUACAAAAUUGAGAUCAAAAUCACCAAUUGUUUUCAUUGAUGAUAAUGGCGGCAGUUGCAUCAUGCCCUCUGAAUUGGCGGUGAAAUCAGCAGAAACCUCCAAAGCGUCAUCCCUCCGCAGAGAAAUGGAGAUUCUUGGUGUUCUGAAUUCCAGUUCGUAUGUGGUGCACUAUUAUGGGGAUGAAAGCACAAGGUCCGAUGAUGGAAAACUUUACUACAAUAUAUUGCUGGAGAAGUGUUGUGGGGGUAGUUUGGGUAGUCGGAUCAGGAAUUCUGGUGGGGUUGGUUUGCCGGAGAAUGAGGUGAGGUGCUAUACUCGGGAUAUAGUUCGAGGACUCUGUUAUAGUCACGGCCAUGGUUAUGUCCAUUGCGACAUAAAACCCGAUAAUAUUCUACUAGUGCCGACUUGUUGCAAUGGUUUCAGAGCAAAGAUUGGUGAUUUUGGGUUGGCCAAGGAAGCCUAUUAUAACCCUGCGGAUGAGGAUGAUGAGGAAUGCAGUGGGGUGAGAGGUGAAAUGAAUUAA